AUGUACGAAGGGAUUGACAACCUGAAAUCCCUUUACGACCGUGCCGGGAAGACUUUCUCCGGCGGUCCUUCUGCGGCACAGGAUGUGCCGCGUCGUACUGCUCAACCAGACCCAGUACGUCGAUCAUCAGUUGGGAGCGGGGCUCCCAAGAAUCCCAGGACGGGGGAUAGCCGCGCCACCGGACGAGAUAACUCGUCCGACGUCCGUUCACGUCGCGGUGGUUCAACAGCUGCUCAACUAGAUAGCGCUGGCCACCGCGAGAGUCCUCUAAUGGAGGUGGAGGAGGAGGAAAGACGCUCUCCACACAAUCGUGGGGAAGCGUGUGUUCCCGAGAGCUUCUUUGAUCGCGUAACGCAAGGGUUACGCGACGAUCUCGAACAUGAGCGGAAUAGGCGUCUCCAACUGGAGGACGCUGUCUCGAAGCAUCGAGCUGAGUUUGCCUUUGCUCAGCUCGAGAACGAGAGAGCUCUGACGUCUCUGUGUGACGAGCUAAGGGUAGCUCGUGGGGAUUGUUGA